AUGACGGAUGUCAGUCCCAGGACUGAUACUUCGACCGAUGGAGACACUGAAGAUAAGAAUGUAAGGUUUCAAAGCAAUCCAUUAGCAAUUAUUGGUUCUGAUGGCAGCGACAAGUCAAGAGAUCAAAAGACGCUUCGCCGGCUUGCUCAAAACCGUGAAGCUGCAAGAAAAAGUCGUUUAAGAAAAAAGGCUUAUGUACAACAGUUAGAGAGCAGCAGAAUGAAGCUGACCCAACUUGAGCAGGAACUCCAACGAGCUCGGCAGCAGGGCAUCUUCAUUUCAAGUUCAGGAGAUCAAUCUCAAUCCAUGAGUGGAAAUGGAGCCUUGGCGUUUGAUGUAGAAUAUGCAAGGUGGUUGGAAGAACACAACCGACGUAUUAAUGAGCUGAGAGGAGCUGUCAACUCUCACGCUGGUGAUGGUGAACUUCGCAUAAUUGUGGAUGGCAUCUUGGCACACUAUGAUGACAUUUUCAGGAUAAAAGGAGAUGCUGCAAAGGCUGAUGUCUUCCAUAUUCUUUCAGGCAUGUGGAAAACACCAGCAGAGCGAUGUUUUUUAUGGCUUGGUGGAUUCCGUUCAUCUGAAGUCCUUAAGCUGCUUAUAAAUCAGUUGGAGCCUUUAACCGAGCAGCAGUUAAUGGCCAUUACUAACUUGCAGCAGUCAUCGCAACAGGCAGAAGACGCCUUGUCACAGGGAAUGGAGGCUUUGCAGCAGUCAUUGGCCGAUACUUUGUCUGGUUCUCCUGGCCCCUCAAGCUCCUCAGGGAAUGUAGCUAACUACAUGGGUCAGAUGGCUAUGGCAAUGGGAAAGCUAGGAACUCUGGAAGGCUUCAUUCGCCAGGCUGACAAUCUGCGGCAACAAACAUUGCAACAAAUGCAUCGUAUAUUGACAACUCGCCAAUCAGCUCGUGCCCUUCUGGCUAUCAAUGACUACUUCUCUCGGCUUCGAGCUUUGAGCUCUCUCUGGCUUGCCCGGCCCCGUGAAUGAGAAGCAGAUCUCUUUUUCUGAUACUUGUUUUGGAAGAUGAUGGGUCUUGUCUAGUGUUCUCUAGUGCCAUAUAUGAAUUGGGAUUCUGGUUUAAUUGUUCCCAUUCCAGAUUAGAUACAGCUUUUUGUGUAACAGCUUGAGUCCUUGGGCAAUUUUAGUGCUGGGAUCUUCUGUAUGUUGCAAUGGUGCUGAGUCCGGCCUCUCCAGCAUGUAUUAUCCCCAAUGUGUAUUAACUUGUUUUUCUUUUUUCUUUUUUACUUAGCGCAGCUAUGGCAGUUAUUGUGUCAUGUGGUUGUCAUCAUAAAUCAAUAACAUUAUAGUCAAGAUUCUUGGAACUAGAUUUUAAUUGUAGAACCACAGUCUAGCUGGUACUGCUCUUG